AUGUCGCUGGGCAUUCGUGUGAUCAACUUUAUUGUUGCCCGGCUCUUAAAUGAUCGACAGUUUAAAACACUGCUGGAUGAAGUUGGAAAUAACUAUCAUGGUCUGCUUUUGCACAGCAAUGCACGUUGGUUAUCAAAAGGGAAGGUCCUUAGCCGUCUUUCGGAUUGCCUGACGGAAACCCGGACCUUCCUUGAAAUGAAGGGCAUUGAGCACCCUGAGCUAGCUGAAAUUGAGUGGCUCCUCAUAUUUUCACUAUCUUGUGUAUAUGACCGAACAUCUGAACCAGAUCAACGUUAA